CUUUUACUUCCCAUCUCCAAAAGCUAUUCGCCAUUACCGUUUCCAUACUCUACAACUACCAAAAACUAUCUCAGAGAGAGAGAGAGAGAGAGAGAGAGAGAGAGAGGGAGAGAGAAUACUCGAUUAGAUAUGGAGAGUGGAGAUUGCUCAACCGUGGCUCGCGGCCGCUUGGCGGUGCUUUCGGCUCACCUUGCUGCGUCGGCUUCCAUUAAUCACCACGCCCCUGCUCUCGAAGCCUCGGUUGUAUCAGCGACUGGUUUGGCGCCACCGCCGAAUCUCAGAGGCUUCUUGACAAUAAUCGAUGAGCGGACUGGUCAGAGAUAUCAAGUUCAGGUUUCCGAGGAAGGCACUGUUAAAGCCACUGAUUUGAAGAAGAUAACAACAGGCAAGAAUGAUAAAGGUCUCAAACUAUAUGAUCCGGGCUACCUUAAUACAGCUCCAGUACGGUCAUCAAUAUCCUAUAUAGAUGGUGAUGCAGGGAUUCUUAGAUAUAGGGGUUACCCAAUUGAGGAAUUGGCUGAGAAAAGUUCCUUCUUGGAAGUGGCUUAUCUUUUGUUGUAUGGUAAUUUACCAUCCCAGCAUCAAUUAGCAGAUUGGGAGUUUGCUGUUUCACAGCAUUCAGCUGUGCCUGAAGGAGUCUUGGAUAUCAUACAGGCAAUGCCUCAUGAUGCUCACCCAAUGGGUGUUCUUGUGAGUGCUUUGAGUGCUCUUUCUGUCUUCCAUCCUGAUGCUAAUCCAGCUCUUAGAGGCCAAGAUAUAUACAAGUCUAAACAAGUAAGAGAUAAACAAAUAGUCCGCAUCCUUGGGAAGGCACCAACAAUUGCUGCAGCUGCAUAUUUAAGGUUGGCAGGGAGGCCACCUGUUCUUCCUUCCAACACUCUAUCUUACGCAGAAAAUUUCUUGUACAUGCUAGAUUCAUUAGGUAACAGGUCUUACAAACCCAACCCUCGACUUGCUCGAGCACUUGACAUUCUUUUCAUAUUGCAUGCCGAGCAUGAAAUGAACUGCUCUACAGCUGCUGCACGGCAUCUUGCCUCAAGUGGUGUUGAUGUGUACACAGCUCUUGCUGGAGCAGUUGGAGCUUUGUAUGGUCCUCUUCAUGGAGGAGCAAAUGAGGCUGUGCUUAAGAUGCUCGGUGAGAUAGGUAGUGUUGACAAUAUUCCUGAGUUUCUUGAGGGUGUUAAGAACAGGAAGCGCAAGAUGUCUGGCUUUGGACAUCGUGUGUACAAAAAUUAUGACCCCAGAGCUCGAGUCAUAAAAAAGCUAUCUGAAGAAGUGUUUUCCAUCGUUGGACGGGAUCCAUUGAUUGAGGUGGCUGUUGCCUUGGAAAAGGCUGCCCUCGCAGACGAGUACUUUGUUAAGAGAAAGUUGUAUCCAAACGUCGACUUCUAUUCUGGUUUAAUCUAUAGGGCUAUGGGCUUCCCCCCAGAGUUCUUCACUGUUCUUUUUGCAAUUCCCCGGAUGGCUGGCUACUUAUCUCACUGGCGAGAAUCCUUGGAUGAUCCUGAUACGAAGAUAAUGAGACCUGCGCAGGCGUACACCGGAGUUUGGUUGCGGCAUUACAUGCCAGUUGGAGAACGCAAUCCAUCGACUGAUGCAGCAGUAGAUAAACUUGGUCAAGUUUCCAUUUCCAAUGCCACUAAGCGUCGGUUGGCUGGUUGUGGUGCCUAGAAUUAUGCAGUUUGUAUUUAGGAAACUUUAAGUAUCAAUAAAUUGCAGCCGUAUGUGUGAGUGUGUGACAAAACUCAUUAUGUGAUGCCAAUGUAAUGAUUAAACAUAUAUUGCUUGAAAAUAAGGGUUAUCCACACCCAUGAAAUGGUGUGGAUUGUAAAUUUAGGUGGCAAGUGACAUGCAAUAAAUCAGUGAUUAUUUUCUUUUUCAUUUUUUA